GGCCAGGAGCGGAGUCGAAAUGGCGGCGGUGCGAAGCAGGGGCUGAGGGAGUGGAGGGGAGGAGGAAAGGAUAUUUAUUUAUUUAUUUCCUUCUCCUUGUUUACAUUAUUAGAAAUAGGAUGGAGGCGGGGCGGUUUUCUGAGGGGCACUAUGAGAGAAAAGAAAUCUGUAUCAUCGGGUCGGAGCUGGUGGAAAACUAUACGGUGUAUAUCAUAGAAGUGAAAGUUGGGAAUCAUCAAUGGACAGUUAAACACCGCUACAGUGAUUUUCAUGAGCUACAUGAAAAGCUAACUGCAGAAAAGAAGAUUGACAAAAACCUACUUCCACCAAAGAAGAUCAUUGGCAAAAAUUCCAAAACUUUUGUAGAAAAAAGACAGAAAGAAUUGGAAGUCUAUUUGCAAACACUUCUAACAAAGUUCCCAUGUGCUGCACCAAAAGUUUUGUCAUUUUUUCUGAAUUUUUACCUAUAUGAGAUAAAUGGCAUUACAGCUGCCCUUGCUGAGCAACUGUUUCACAAAGGUGAGCAAUUGCUCUUGGCGGGUGAAGCUUUUUGUCUUAGACCACUACAGUUGUAUGCAAUCACCCAACAACUGAGACUGGCGAGUCCCACCUGUGCGAAUGGUGAUGCCAAGACUGACCUUGGGCACAUCCUGGACUUUGCUUGUAGACUUAAGUAUUUAAAGAUAACAGGCAUCAGAGGAUCUGUUGGUAGCAGCAAUAUUCAAGAGCAUCUCCUUAAAUUUGACCUGUCAAUCUUCAAGUCUGUUCAUCAGAUUGAGAUAAAUAACUGUGAAGCUAAACAGAUUAUUGGACUUCCUUCCCUGAAGAACUCACUGGCCACAAUGAGUGUAGCUUUUUCGACUGCUUCAAUGAAAGAUAUUUUGGUGCCAGAGGCUUCUGAAUUUGAACAGUGGGAGGUGGAGGGGAUGGCAUUUGAGCAUCCAGUUGCUGCUAUUAUCCCAAGAUGGAGCAUGCUGACCACACUUGAUAUGAGUCGUAACCAGAUAUCUAAUAUUGAUGAAUCUGUGAAAUUAAUACCUAAAGUUGAAUUUCUGGAUCUAAGUUACAAUGAAAUAGCAGUAAUGGAAAACUUGCAGCAUCUCUAUAAUCUCAUUCAUUUGGAUUUGUCAUACAACAAGAUCACAUUAUUGCAAGGUGUUCAUACAAAACUUGGAAACAUCAAAACUUUAAAUUUGUCAGGAAACCAAUUGGAAAGUCUGUCAGGUCUUAACAAACUUUACUCGUUAGUUAACUUGGAUCUCAGCAAUAAUAAAGUAUUGCAGAUUGAAGAAAUCAAAAACAUUGGGAAUUUGCCAUGCCUCGAGAAGGUAAUUCUGAAUAACAACCCCCUGAGCAUUAUUCCUGAUUAUAGAACAAAGGUGCUUGCACAGUUUGGAGAUCGAGCUUCAGAGGUCUGUUUAGAUAAUACUGUUACAACAGAGAAAGAACUUGAUACAGUUGAGGUGCUAAAGGCAAUUCAGAAAGCCAAAGAAGCAAAAGGUCGAAUGAAUAUUACAGAUAAAAAGAUCAGUGAGGAAUCGAGACUUGCUGCUCCAGGGUCCAAACCCAGCUGCUUUUCUUAUGCUGCUUGUCCUUCCUCUCCUUUGCUGCACCAUGCUGCCAGCUCCAGCCAAGAAAUAGGUACUAAAUCAGCCCUAAUCAGCAAUCUACAUCAAAAUGACAGUUUGACUCCUAUGACUUCUACAAUUACCCAGGGAUGCUCUAAAACAGCAAAUAUGCAUGAAAUCAAGAGCAAGGUUGCAAAUCAGGAGAUAAAAUCUGAGAAGGAAUCACUUGAGGAAAGUACUGACUGCCCACAUGUGAGGUUUAGUCCUGCGAAUCCAAUUGCCCAAGCUGAUGUGCAGAACUCAUUACACGAUCCUACAAUGACACUUGUGCUGCCUUUCUCCUGUGCAUCGUACACCGCCAGCAAUCAUGAUUUUGCUGCAUAUUUGUCUGGAAUGAUUAACCAAGCGGCUUUGAAACUACUUACUGCUGAAACGUUGAUUGACUGCCAGGGAAACCCUGUUGACCAUCCUGAGGUUUUCCAUACUGAAGCUGGGUAUUUUGAAAUGGGACUAGAUCAAGGUGACAAUAUUUUUGAAUGUAGUUCCGACAUUGAUCUUGCUAGUGUUUCUGCUAAUGGAGAAACUGAAAUCAGUAAGGUAUUAAAGGUACUGUGGACACUUUGUGUUCAGGUGAAUAAGGGACUAAGGUUGUUUGCAUCUUGUAUUGUGUUGACUGAUAGUGUUGUAGCUGUAUUUCAGAUUCUUCAACAUGAACUCUUGGAGAAUAUGCAAAAUGUUAUUUCUCAGAUGCAGAUGGUACUCUAUUUUCCUUGUUCAGAAAUUUUGGAAGUGGACUUUGAAGUGCCAGAAAUGUGUCUAUCAAUGAAGAUGAAAACCCAUGGCUGUUUCUUCUUUAUAUCUGAAUCCCACAAUCUCAAAGACUUCUACUUGUGUUUGAAAGCUGUUCUGUAUCAACAAUCUGUAUCUAUUUCAAAUUUGCCCUUGCUUGAUUAUGAAGGGCCAAUUAUAAAAGACUUCAUUCUUCAGCUUUUGCAAUAUCAGCAGCUCCCACUAAAUGACACUGAUAUUAAAGGUAGUUUUGCUGCAUAUAUUCUAAUCAGAGAUAAUCUCAUGCUGCAUGAUCAGUUAGAAGUGAUAAACCCAUCUGUUCCACAUAUGGAUGUGGUUAGUGGCACUGAGUCAAAGUCUAAGAACUUUCCAUAUUCUGAAAUCUGUUCGGCAAUUCUUCCUGAGAGAGAAGAGAAUCUCAAACCUAUGUACAUACCUUGUCUGCUGUUUUUGACAGCCCAGAAUCUUUAUUUUGUAAGGGUAGAUUUCCCUGUAGCAGCAAAACGGAGACCAGGUUCUGAAGAGGAGGAUACAAGAUGUCCAUUUAAGUUGAACAGAAUUCCGCUGGCUACAUUGCUUUUAAACCCAAAGCAAAGAUCCCAUUCUGUUGAAACAGUUGCAUUUUCAGAUGGCCAUGUACUUGAAUUCUUGAUUGGAUACCAACUUGCAACAGCAGUUUUUGUGCUGCCUCAUGAGAAGUUCCACUUUCUACGACUGUUCAGUCAGCUGAGAGCAAGCCUUCAGGGUGUCAAAUCGAUUGUAGUACACAGAGCUUCUCUGGAUCACAGUUGCUUGGAAAAAUGUUCUGCAGAUACCGUCAGUCACUCUCCAGAAACCAUAAGCAGCCAACCAAACGUCAGAUCAGAGCUGAGCCUUUCUCUGCUGUAUCCUUCAGAGGCACUGCUGCAGAAACUAACUGAAGAAAACCAGUGUCCUUUUUAUCUUUCUGCUUCCCAAUCUCUCCGACAUCUGGCAGAUUUGAAAGGAAGAGCUGUUGUGGAAUAUUUUCACAAUAGUGUGGCUGAGGUUGAGAAUGAGGAGCUAAGACAUUUAACUUGGUCUUCAGUCAUUUUUUACAAAUGUUCUGAGCUUGAAGUGACUGCGUGCAUAAUGCUCUCAACCAAAGCAUUAUAUUUUGUGUUGGAUGAUGCCAUCAUUCAGCUUGCUGAUCAAACUGGAUGUUGGAAUGAGCAGCUCUCUUUUGACUGUGAUCGGACCAGUCUGUUGCUGUCCUUCUGCUUUGUCUUAAAAUUAAAUGAUCUGCAAUCUGUGCACGUGGGCCUUUUCGAUCAGUAUUUUCGCAUCACUGGCCCAUCUGCUGAACAAACAGUUGCUUGCCUGACCAGGGACAGCUAUACCACGCAUACUUUUGUGCAACAGUUAAUGGCUGUUUUAUCUUUGUUGGAACGGACACCUUCACCAGAGCCAGUAGAGCUAGAUUUCUAUACAGAAUUUGGAAAGAAAAGCACAGGUCAAAUGGAAAAUUAUGAAAUUGUCCACUCUAGUAGAGUGAAAUUCAUUUAUCCUAGUGAAGAAGAAGUUGGUGACUUGACUUUUAUAGUAGCAGAGAACAUACAGGAGCUGAAUAAUCUCCAGACAUCCAACAUACUUUUGUAUGUUCUGGCAUUUCAAGUAAAGUCUCUGGAGAUGUCUUCGCAUGCUAGCAAAAGUUCUCUGCAGCCUAAAACCUUAAUUUUGACGAGCUGUGGCAUGCUUCUAUUUGAAGAAGAUUAUGUCAGUUAUCCAUUGCCAGAAUUUGCAAAGGAGCCUCCACAGAGGGACAAAUACAAAUUAACUGAUGCCAGGAGGAUCCGCGAUCUGGAUCGUGUACUCAUGGGUUAUCAAACUUAUCCACAAGCCAUCACAUUUGUGUUUGAUGAUGUGCAGAACCGUGACCUCUUGAGUAACAUGAUGCUUGACCAUUUUGAACAUCCACUUAAUGCCUCUUCUGCAAGUAGAAAAUACCACUGCAACAACAGCAGUGAAGUUCAGUGGUGUCUGUUUGUCGCCAGUCCUGAAAGUCGUGAGAAGUUGAUUGCAUUGCUUGCUAGACAAUGGGAACUGCUUUGCAGUAGGGAACUACCAGUUGAACUUACAGGCUAACUUUUUAUUCAUGCCAAGUAUGACCAAUAAACUGUAAAACUCAGUUGUACUGAUGAUGAGCAGUUAUUUGUACAGCACUCUUGGGGAUUGUAAAUACCAUGGGAGUCAGACCAGUUUCUUUGAUGUUUAGGGCUUUUAAAGUUUAUUUUUUACAAAUUCAGCAUAAACAAGUUUACUUAUACACACUGAUGCAUCUUGCUUUUGUGCAAUAUAAACUGAACAUAAAGGUCACUAUAUGUUAUGCUUGUAUGUUUUUGAAAUAUUAAGUGCAAUGUUUACCUAAUGGACAACUUUCUUUAGCAUGCUGCUAUAAGUAAUUUGAAAUAAAGUUGUUGGUCUUGGA